AUGAUUCAACUAAAGUCAUUAUUAACUUGCAUCGACAACUCCGGCGCCUCAAUUGUCGAAUGCGUCAACGUCCUGAAGAAGAAGCGGCCCGCAACCAUCGGUGAGUCUCCGCAAACCAGAGUGAUGGGAGAAGAACCAAAUGGAGAAUGGAGACAGUCAAACUCACUCGGCAACCGUCUAGGUGAUCGGAUCGUUGUUGUCGUCCAGAAAUCAAAGCCCGCCGGGUCCGAGGCACCGACUUCCUCCGCGCUUGCGAACAAGGUCCGUCGUGGUGAUAUUCGCCAUGCAGUGGUGGUUCGGGUGAAGAAGGAACUGCAGCGGCCUGAUGGAUCGGUUGUUCGAUUCGGCGACAAUGCCUGUGUGUUGGUGAACAAGUCGGGGGAUCCGGUUGGGACGAGAAUGAACGGACUCGUGGGACAAGAACUACGGAAGCGACAAUACUCGAAGAUCUUGUCAUUGGCGCCGAUGCACGUCUAA